AUGGAGACUGUGGACGGAGGAUGGACGGCAAUUCAGAAACGGGUAAACGGCUCCGAGAGCUUUGACAGGAAUUGGUCGGAAUAUAAAAAUGGUUUUGGUGCAGCGGAACAUAGUUACUGGAUUGGAAAUGACGUAAUCCAUCAUUUAACAAAAGAAAACAACUCAUCCCUGUAUGUUUCCAUCACUCUCCAGAAUGGUAGAACAUUGUAUGAAAUGUACGAUCGAUUCUCUGUCUCCAACGAAACAGGGAAAUAUCAACUCUUUCUUGCAGGACCUGCUACGGGAACCUUAGGAGACAGGAUGUUAAACACGGGGAGAUCUGACAAAAAUCUGUCUGGGAUGUAUUUCACUACCCAAGACAGGGAUAACGACGGAAAUGGUGGAGCUAACUGUGCUGUUAAUUGGGGAGGAGGCUGGUGGUUCAACUACUGUCACGAAGCCAAUCUCAAUGGUCCGUGGUACCCGGCAGUCUGGCGCAAAGCGUGGUCUCCUACACUUCAGGACGGGUCAUCUGUGAGAAAGACGAUGAUGCUGAUCAAACGUCACUAG